AUGGGCUUCAUAUUUGCCUUCUUAUCAACUGUCACGAAGCAUUUGGCAAUUAUCAAUCUGGGAUCACAAAAUGUCAUGUAUAACACCUACCAGUCAAACCUCCAUUUUCCAACAGUAAAAUCGAAUCACGAAAUCUACUUUCUCGAAACUGAGGUGCUCAAUCAAAAUACAAGAGCUGCUGCGUACUUCUCUCCCCAGCUAUCAAGUGUGCAAAUUUUGGAUGAAAUAAAGUCAUCGUUGCUUGACUCUACGAAAAUCUCCAAAUUAGUAUCAUUUGGUCGUGACAAGCCUGAGAAAAACUGUUUAGCAAAAAUCACAAGUCUAUCUCAGAGAAGUACAAACAAGCUUUCUAUAAUCCUUGGCACAAAUGAUAGAGAUCAAGUAUGCACAAGUCGUAUCAUAGUUGGCCUAGCAUUUAUCCAAACUAUUCAAAUUCUUGGAGAUUAUAACUGCUUUGCUCCGCAACCUAGCCACAAUAUUAUUAACAUUGAUGCCGAUAUUCCCUUGCAAAUAGAAGAUGUUGUGGACAAAAACGAUGUGGUAGCAGGUACAAAUACCGGUAGUAAAACAACGGUUCUUUUAUGGUAUCAAAAACAUCUACAUUUAUUCGAACGCGACAGUAAUUACGACAUGACAUGGGUUCCAGUAACUAAAAUUGGACAUGAGACAACUAAUGGUAAUGUAAUUCUUGAAUUCAUAAGACCUCAAAUUUUUCGCGCCUUACUUCAAGCCAGCAAGAUAAAAAAUAUUGAACUCUAUGAUAUUAUUUUAAACAGUUUACAGCAAUCAGAAGAAACAAGUGACCUGUCAGUUGCAAAUAGAGUCAAAAAUAAUCAUGAAUAUAAAGAUAACAGCUUCAUCGAUGGAACAUUACUGAAGACUCUGUUAAAAGGUCCAUUGUGCUAA